AGGAGAUCGAAGGGAUACAAGUUCUUACAGCUCCCACCAUCAUCAACAUUCUUGUUUCUGUUCUGGGAUGAUUCUUUAAUUACUGGCCCCCAUCCACCGUCGAUUGCUCGUCCUCAACUUACUGGUUCUAUCGUACCUGGCAGGAGCCUUGCCGACAUGGCCGAUCCGAUGGCAGAUCCAAUGCAGCAAGACUGGCCCGAUGAGCGCCUGCGGAUUCUCGUCCCGUGCACCCUCCUGAUGGUCAUCGCCCAGAUCUUCCUUACUUGGAGAGUGAUCUACGGGUUCAAAGCAGGGCGCAGGUUCUUGGUUUGCGAUUACUUGCUUAUUCUCGCACAGCUUUUGAACAUCAACAAUGUCGGACUCAUAUAUCCAAAUUGCGCGAGAGGCCUUGGACGACAUUUGAUGGACCCGAGCAUCAAAAAGCCAGACGACAUACUGAAGUAUGCAUACCUCCUUUGGGUCAGCCAGAUCACGAACAUCAUCGCCGUUGCGAUUCUGAAGUGGUCAAUUUGCGCGUACCUACUCGUCCUCAAUUUCUCCAAGAGCUACCGCAUCAUCAUCUGGCUCUCCAUUCUUAUGAUCACCGUCUUCAACUUUUUGAUUCCCGUUUUGACUCUGUUCGGAUGCACACCACUUGAAUCUAACUGGAAUCCUGGAAUCACCAAAAAGAAAUGCUGGGCACGAGGAACCCUCCCGCUUUCCUACACACAAGGUGUUUCGAACAUCUUGACUGAUGUUGUAUAUGCCGUCGCGCCAAUUGUGUAUCUCGCCAGCGUUCAACUUUCGAAACGAACCCAGUGGGGCCUUCGUGUCGUGUUUUUGCUCAGUGUAAUCGGCACUGUAUGCUCCAUUUUCAAGACGAUCGAGCUUAAGGUCAUCGUGAAGACCAUGGAUCCGACUUGGGAUGGAAUCAAUCUCACAAUCUGGAGUUCUGCUGAAUUGUCUGUCGGCAUCUUCAUCGCCUGCCUCCCACCCUUGCGAAAGCCAUUCGAUCGAGUUUUCAAGAAGAUCCUCCCGUCCACUCUUACAGGAUCCCACAAGACACCUCAAUACGGCUAUGGUUAUGGUCGUUCAACCAACAGAAACGAUAUCAGGAUGAGCAACUUCGGGGGCAGCAGAGUUCCCAAAAAUGCUCACCCUUUAGAGUCUAAUGUCUCUCCGGAUGAUGAGAGCGAGAGGGCAAUCCUGGAGGAUGAAGAAAGUGGCAAAUCGGGUGGCAUCACACGAACAACCAAAGUCACAGUCGUUGAGGAGAGCGGCAAUGGUUCAGCAGAAUUUCAUAAGCCCGGUGGACCGCUAUAGGGCGGCUUCUUUGUAUAGUAAAAAUCUACCUGAAUAGACAUCAUGAUUCCAAUUAAUACAGUUCACA